CGCGCGAUGAGCGGAGAGGGGGAAGCGCUGCGAGGGUACAACGGCGAGCUGCUGGAGGCGCUGGCGGAGCUCCGCGCCCGGCGGGAUGAGCUGAGCGAACGGAUCCGGGAGGAGGAGGCGGAGCGCGGACGGUUGCAGAGCCGCAUCGCGGCGCUCACGGAGCGCUUGGCACGGAGCUCCGAGCGCACGGCCCGGCAUCUGAGUGCGCGCUGCCAGCUGGACGCCAGCAUCGCUGAGAGCGAGGCGGCAUACGGCAAGAUUCUGGAGAGUUCUCAGACAUUGCUAGAUGCCCUGAAGGGAGAAAUUGGGAAUGCUAGCAAAGCCAGUGAGUCUGCAAGCACUUCAAAACAAACACGUGGACAAAAGCAUUCCUAAAGCUGUUCUCCAGCCUGGCCCGGCCCCUUGGUUGGGGGCAGCUGCUGUGGUGGUACAAGGAUGCCACCGUUAAUAAAAGUGUGUUGCAGGAGUAUAUUUUCCUUUCAGAAGCAUUUUGGUAUUAGAGAACUGCUGAACGUCACCCCCUCCCAGCAGAGCACCACAGGCCUGUCCACGAGGGAAGGGGUGGGCAAAGAACUCCUGCACUGGAAUCAGCACCCACAGCAGCACUUCAGUUGGCUGAAGGCAGCAGAGCAGGCUGCAGGAUAUCAUUCAGCAUCCCUCAUUGACCCACAGCAGAACGAAGCCAGGACAGGCAGCUCUGGCUUCACCCCUUACCCAUUUGUUACUCUGCAGCUCAGGAGCUGGAGCUGCCCUAAGCUCACGGCCCGAGCUUUCCACAGUACAAGAUGUUAAAAAGUAUAAAGAACAUUUUCAGAUCGUAGAUCAGUGUCAGCUCGGCUAGACAUUGUAUAUAACACACAAACCAACAAAAGCCAAACAUCACCAAAAGAUGG